AUGCUAUCUUCAAUCGAAAGUCAUGCCGAGUCCACGAUCCAACACCUCUUCAACUUCAUCACCGCUCAAGGCCACACGGACUACAUAGGCGAAGCGGUCUCACAACUCGAACACUCCCUUCAAUCCGCCCAACUGGCCGUCGAGGCCGGGGCGGACAAUGAAACCGUCCUUGGGGCCUUGCUUCACGACAUAGGCCGCUUCAUCCCAGCCGCCGACAAGAUGCCGGCCAUGAUCGCCCCCAACGGCACCUACGUCGGCCGCUCGUCCCACGAGGUCCUGGGUGAAAAGUAUCUCCGCUCCCUCGGGUUCAGCGACAAGAUCUGCCAGUUGGUCGGCGCGCACGUCAUGGCGAAAAGGUACCUGACCGCCGUGGACAAACAGUAUUACGACGGGUUGAGUCAGUCGAGUAAGACGACGUUGAAGUUUCAGGGCGGUACGUUCACCGAGGAGCAAGUCCGCGAAGCCGAAAAAGAUCCUCUUCUCAUGGCCAAACUCGCCGUUCGGAGAUGGGACGAUAUGGCCAAGGUUCCUAACCAAGAGACUCUGCCACUACAGUACUAUGAACAAAUGGCUACCAAAAGCUUACUCGAAUCACGAAAUGCAUUCGAACUUCAUGGUCGAACGUAUAAACUCCCCACACGACCGACAGUAGCGAUAUGCAUCGACGGUUUCGACCCGGAAUAUCUGUCACAGGGCGUUUCCGAUGGAAUCAUCCCCAACAUGGCGGCGAUGGUGAAGUCCGGAUUCUCGACAAUCGCAAAUUGUACCAUGCCAUCAUUCACCAACCCGAACAAUGUCUCCAUCAUUACCGGUGCACCUACUUCCAAGCACGGCAUUGCCGGCAACUUCUUUCUAGACCAGGUCACCCGUGAAGAGCACAUGGUCCUGGAUGAUUCCCUGCUCCGUGGAUCGACGAUCCUCGAGCAAAUGUCGAAUCGUGGCGUGCGUGUUGCGGCAGUCACGGCCAAGGACAAAUUGAGAGCAAUCAUCAACCACGGCCUGGACUUUCAGAACGCCGGAGCGGUGUGCUUCUCUGCACAGUACGCCGACAAGUGCGACAAAGAAGCCAACGGCAUUGAGGAUGUUGAGAAGUGGCUUGGUCGACCCACGCCAACUCAAUAUUCCGGCGACUUGUCCCUCUUUGUGCUCGAAGCAGGAAUUAAGCUUCUCGAGGAGGACAAGGCCGAUCUGUUCUAUCUGACGUUGUCGGAUUACGUGCAACACAAAUACGCUCCUGGAAGUAAAGAGGCCAACGAAUUCAUGUCCGGAAUCGAUCGAUGUAUCGGUAGACUGAUCGAACUCGGCGCCGUGGUGGCGGUGACGGGUGAUCAUGGCAUGAGCGACAAGUGUAACGAGGAUGGCACUCCCAAUGUCUUGUUCUUGGAAACCGAGCUGAACAACAAAUUCGGCAAGGACUUUGCCAGAGUCAUUUGUCCCAUCACCGACCCCUUUGUGAAACAUCACGGCGCGCUCGGAUCCUUCGUGCGGGUGCAUUUGAAUCCGAAAGCAACUGUGCCAAUUGAGGAAGUCCUUGAAUUCACCAGGACCUUCUCGCAGGUCAUGGUUGCCCUCGACGGCAAGGCGGCAGCCGAUCAAUUUGAGAUGCCCCUGGAUCGUGAAGGCGACAUGGUCGUUGUUUCGGUGAAGAAUGCCGUGAUUGGCAGCCGGCAGGAGGAGCACGACUUUGCAAACCUCAAAGGUCAUCGACUCCGAUCGCACGGCGGCCUUUCUGAGCAACAAAUUCCCCUGCUGAGGUCUUUGCCAACCAAGGACCAGACUGGUGAUCGACAGUGGCACAACUACGACAUCUUCGACGUCCUUCUGAACUACUGA